CAAUACUACUGGUUCAAUACUAUAAUAACACACAACAGUCAACACACAGAAAACUAUUAACACAACGCUGAACACACACACAAUAAAUUAUAAAACAGACCUAAGUCUUAUAAGUUAAAACACAACUUUGGAGAGACUUCUGAGUUCUGACAAGAGAUCUUUUAUUGGCUGAACAUUUAUAAAAUAUCUGUCACAUUUAAUAUUAAUAUUGUCAAAAUAUUUCUUUAUACAUUUUUCUUCAUGCAACUUAUUAACUUUUCUAUUUUGGUUUUUAAUUGAGUAACUUUGAAAAAAUUUACCAUGGAAUUUUUCAAUUUUUAUGCUGAUACCAUACAAAGAAUGCAGUCCGACAAUGCUAUGCCAAGAGUAACUUCACCACGUAUUUACAAUGAUGGAAACAUUACGUUUGAAGGAUUGAUGGUAGUUUUUUCUUGGUUUUCCACUUAUUUACAAUACUUGAACAUCUACAGAUCAGUUUGGUGGCUGAGUAAUUCUAAUUAUACUUUAUGGAAAAUACAUCUAAUUGAUUACGAAGUAGUGUUAUUUAUAAUGGCAAUGCAUUGUCGAAGGUUCGCAUAUAGCUUGAUUACAUGGAUCUUUCAUGUAUUUUGUCCUCAAAAUUACUGGAAAUUGACCAGACUAUUUAUCAGAUUAUUUGUGACUGUUGGAUUAUCCAUCAUAUUAGGGCUUCUAGCCUUUAAUCUCUGUCAAAAGUAUAAUUAUGGAGUUUUAUUGUAUUUAUUUAUGCCGAUAUUCGUUUAUUUAUGUUUUUACGGUUUUAAAGCAUGUCCAUUUUUCGACAUGUCAUGUGUAAGUGAAAAAGAAAUCUUCCUCAACGGCAAACCAUACAUUCAGCAUACUCACAUUCAUUUAUGCUCAACAAAUCCAAAAGCUAUUCGCUCAGAAGUCGAAGCCAUGAAAGAUGAUUUCAACAGGAGGCUAAAACAAAUUUUAUUCUCAUCUUUUUUCUCUGCUUAUUAUUCAUGUUUUCUCCCAAUAACAUUUGUACAAGAUUAUGUUGUUUACGAAGAGAAUUGGGUAUUAAUUUAUUUUCCAUUUAUCAUGAUGACUAUGGGUAUGAUGUUGUGCCUUCAAUACUAUCCAGUUAAAUACUUUGACAAUUUACAAAAAGCAGCCAUGCACUUGGGUCGAUGGAAAAAAAUCAAACUUGACCGUCCUCAUAUGCCUAUACAUUUAUGGUCAGAUGAAGUGUUAUGGCAUCUAGGAUCUCUAGUACGCCACAAUCAGUGUUUGUAUAAAGCCGAAGGCAUGUCCAAUGCGGCAGAACCCGGAAACCCUGCUGACAAAACUUUUUAUAAUAUGUUUAGUAAUCCUUCGGAAACUGUAUACUUUACCUUGGCGUCCAUUCAGAUAUCACUUAUGUCAAUCCUAUUAGUGGUGUUAAUCAAUAGUGCUCAAUGGCAUCAAAAGUUUUACUUCGCAUUCAUAAUGCUGUUGAACUAUAUUUCAUUGUGUAAAACGUCGUUCAACUAUAGAAUAACUGCAAAGGUUUAUAAAUCAUUAAAAGAAAAGACUCAGUAAUGCUGGUCUGUAUUUAGAAGACGAGAACACAAAUGGGAAUUUCUCCAGCAGUAUUUUCUUAAGCUGCUCGUAUUGUCGCAAAUUUAUAUAUUUAAUUGUACAUUGUAAAAAUUUGUUGAAAAAAAAAUGUAGUGAUAGUUAAACAUUCCUUAUUCGCUUGGCAUUCCAGCUAAAUUUCUAUAAGCACUCGAAAGCAAGUUCAAAUUUGUUUGGCUGGCAAUCAGUUUGUUUCUUAAAAAGUAAGUGCAUUUGGUGUUAAUUACUUUUAAAUUUUAAUAAUGAUGUAUACAUAUUUUAUACUUAACUAAAUCUAGUCAACAAGUAACUACAAGUCUUAGGUCAAGUUGUGUGUGUAUGAUCUCGAUUUUUUUUAUGCCCACUCUUUAUGCAAUUGUUUUUAACUUAAUAAGUACAAAUAAGUAUUGUUAAUUUAUUUUAACUUACUUACGAAGAAAAUAAAGAAUUCCUUGUUAAAAUUGUAAUUAUAUCUUUGACAUUUGUCGAUUGACUAUUAG